AUGGGCUUCUCUGAGCUUUUCAUUCUUCUUUUCACUCUACACUCUCUUUUAGCAAUGGCAUCAAGACAACCUACUGUACCAAAAUCAUACCUGUUUAGUGAAUAUAUAGGAGCAGAAGAUAACAAUGUAAAAUUUUCAGAUGUACCCAUCAACCCAAAUGUGGAGUUUCAUUACAUACUUGCAUUUGCAAUUGAUUAUACAAAUUCAUCUUCUCCCUCACCAACAAAUGGUGAAUUCAAAAUCUUCUGGGAUACUCAUAAUCUCAGCCCUUCACAAGUCUCUUCAAUCAAGAGUCAGCAUACAAAUGUUAAAGUGGCUUUAAGCUUAGGAGGGGACACUGUGAGAGGAAAAACUUGUAAUUUUACAAUUUUAUCAGUGGAUUCAUGGGUUUCUAAUGCUGUAUCUUCACUCACUAAGAUCAUCCAAGAGUAUAACUUGGAUGGGAUUGAUAUAGACUAUGAGCACUUCGUUUCAGAUCAAGAUACAUUUGUUGAAUGCAUUGGGAAGCUUAUAACGACUCUCAAGAACAAUGGAGUCAUUACAUUUGCAUCUAUAGCUCCAUUUGAUGAUGAUGAUGAAGUAAAGAGAAACUACAUGGCUCUCUGGAAUAGUUAUGCUCACGUCAUAGACUAUGUCAAUUUCCAGUUUUAUGCAUAUGAUAAGGGGACAACUGUUUCUCAGUUUAUGAGAUACUUUCAGACACAAAUAGAUAAUUAUGCAGGUGGAAAUAUCUUGGCUAGCAUCACAACCGAAGGAAGUGGAGGUUUAUCACCUAAAAAUGGGUUCUUUAAAGCUUGUAAUAGGCUUAAAAGUCAAGGGAAACUUGGUGGGAUCUUUGUAUGGUCUGCAGAUAAUUCAAAAGCUUCAGGUUUUAAAUAUGAAAAGAAAUCACAGGCUAUCCUAGCAACAAGCCACAAGAAUUUUAGUGUGUGA